UUUGCCGCGUUGCCGGCGCACUCGCAACCCAGCGGACACCAGGAGGCAGAGGCGGGACAGCCUGGGGUCCGACCGUGCAGUCUAGCGGCCCCAGGGCUAAAGUUUGCCAGCAGCCCCGGGAGAUCAAGCGGGCGCUACACGCCACCUGCUGCCCCCUCGCGCAUCCUUACCCCGGCAUUGCUGCACUGGGGGACCGAGCUGCGGCCGGGCCAGCUCCAAGGAGGGGACGCCGCGACGGAACUUAAGACCCAAGAGGGAUAUAAAGCCCCAAAAUGACCCUGUUACCGGGAGAUAACUCAGACUAUGACUACAGCGCCCUGAGCUGUGCCUCAGACACCUCCUUCCACCCCGCCUUUUUCCCUCAGCGCCAGGCCAUCAAGGGCGUCUUCUACCGCAGGGCCCAGAGGUUGCGACCGCAGGAUGAUCUGCAUCAGGGCAGCUCACUCGGGGACCGCAGGCGACAGAUCAUCAUCAAUGUGGGUGGUAUCAAGUACUCCCUACCUUGGACCACGCUGGAUGAGUUCCCACUGACACGCCUGGGCCAGCUCAAAGCUUGCACCAACUUUGACGACAUCCUAAGCGUGUGCGAUGACUACGACGUAACCUGCAACGAGUUCUUCUUUGACCGCAACCCCGGGGCCUUCGGCACCAUCCUCACCUUCCUGCGGGCCGGCAAGCUGCGGCUGCUGCGGGAGAUGUGCGCCUUGUCCUUCCAGGAGGAGCUGCUGUACUGGGGCAUCGCCGAGGACCACCUGGACGGCUGCUGCAAGCGCCGAUACCUUCAGAAAAUAGAGGAGUUUGCAGAGAUGAUGGAGAGGGAGGAUGAGGACGAGCCGCUGGACAGCGAGGACCAAGACACUGAGGGGCCAUCCACCGGUGAGGGCCGCCUGGGCCGCUGUAUGAGGAGGCUGCGGGACAUGGUGGAGAGGCCACACUCAGGGCUGCCUGGCAAGGUGUUUGCCUGCCUGUCUGUUCUGUUCGUCACCGUCACCGCUGUCAACCUAUCUGUCAGCACCCUGCCCAGCCUGCGGGAGGAGGAAGAGCAGGGCCAGUGUUCCCAGAUGUGUCAUAACGUCUUCAUCGUGGAGUCGGUGUGCGUCGGCUGGUUCUCCCUUGAGUUCCUGUUGCGGUUCAUCCAGGCACCCAGCAAGUUCACCUUCCUGCGGAGUCCACUGACCCUCAUUGACCUGGUGGCCAUCCUGCCAUACUAUGUCACGCUGCUGGUGGAUGGCGCUGCCUCCAGCCGCCGCAAGCCAAGCACCGGAAACAGCUACCUGGACAAGGUUGGGCUGGUGCUGCGCGUACUGCGGGCACUGCGCAUCCUCUACGUGAUGCGCCUGGCUCGACACUCACUGGGGCUGCAGACGCUGGGGCUCACAGCCCGUCGCUGCACGCGCGAGUUUGGGCUUCUGCUGCUUUUCCUGUGCGUGGCCAUUGCUCUCUUUGCCCCACUGCUCUAUGUCAUUGAGAACGAGAUGGCAGACAGCCCCGAAUUCACCAGCAUCCCUGCCUGCUACUGGUGGGCCGUCAUCACCAUGACAACUGUGGGCUACGGAGACAUGGUACCUAGGAGCACACCUGGCCAGGUGGUGGCUCUGAGCAGCAUCCUCAGCGGGAUCCUGCUCAUGGCCUUCCCAGUCACCUCCAUCUUCCAUACUUUCUCCCGCUCUUACCUGGAGCUCAAGCAGGAACAGGAAAGGGUGCUGAUCCGCCGGGCUCAGUACCUCAUCAAAACCAAGUCCCAGCUCAGUGGCAUGUCUCAGGAUAGCGACAUCUUGUUUGGAAGUGCCUCUUCAGACACCAGAGAUAACAACUGAGGCAAGAGGCCAUCCCUGCCCUGCCUGCCAGCUGCGGCUUCAUGCAACCACCGUCACUAUUGAAGCCUGGAGAAGAACUUUUGUGCUUCAAGUCCAGCCCUGGCCUGGGACUGACCCGAAUGAGCCAUGCCACAAGAAGGAUCUGUGCCACAUCACCCAGAGUCCUUGCCCUCCCUCUGAGCCCAGAAGUGAAGGGGAAGUUAGCUGAAGCCAGCACCUCACCCCCUCCCCCAGCCUCGCAUCUGUUUCCCUCCCUCGGGAGCCGACUGACUCCUUUCCAGAUGUAAAGAACACGCCCAGCAAAGCCUGCACACACACAGGAUACUGCCCGGAGAAACAUCCAGACAGCAGGCGGCUACAUAUGACUUCAGUGUGUGUCCACUGAAGAGGAAAAAGCCUUCUGUUGGGGGCUCUCGGGGAAGGAGCUGUGUCUCUAAGUGAAGCCAGCAGUGGGGUACCAGAAGUGCAAAGACCAUGCUGCUGGGGUCUCUGGGGUGGUGAGGCACUGGUGGGAUGAGAGAAAAGGGGACAGACAGACCUUUAGGGUACUGCCACGAAUGCGGUCUCAGGCUCCUGCUGCUCCUGACCCCUCCAGCCUGUCCUUCACCCUUCCUGCUCACCUCCACCCUGUGUCCUAGUAUACUCCUUGAGAACCAGCCCUCUUUUCAGACUCCCCUCAUACCAGUAGGGGGCGGGGCACCACAAGCCAGUCAAGUCAGCUCUGCUGAAUUUAAGGGCAAAAUCACUUCAUUUUAUGGUUAAAAAAAAGUAAAAUUUUAGCCUACUCUGAUUUAUUUUAAUAUUACUAAAAAAAAAAGAAAGAAAGAAAGAAAGAAAGAAAGAAAGAAAGAAAGAAAGAAAGAAAGAAAACCAAGCACUUUAUCCCCCUACCCGAGCCUCAGUCUAAACCCACAGUGGCCCUACUUCCAGCAGGUGUGGUCCCAGGAAGUCUGGGGAGUGUGCGGGAAACCUCCUCGGUGCCCUCAAAGGGAGCCACUCCAUGGUCUUGAGAAGUAUAGUUUCUGUACCAAGAGGGACCCCAUGCCAGGCUAGACGAAUCCAUCUCAGCUCACUGUGUCUGAGUGCUGGGUACUAUUAAGGGGAUGUCACAGACACAUGUACAUAUACAAACAUACGUGCACACACGAACACAUAUGCACACACACAGACACAUGUACACACAUACCACACACACUUGCCCCAGCCUCACCGGUGCAGCAACUUCCCGGACUGCUUUAUCCCACAUUCCAGCUGCCUUCUCUCUGUUCAGCAGCAGAAAUUGCGCUUUGAAACAUGACUGAUUCUGACUGUGGGCUGUGCAGCUCAAACCCCUAUCUGCUGCCACGGCCUCUGGCUUCUCCUACACCCCCACACCUGUCCAGACAG